UCUGCUCUUACUCUAGGGCGGCGUCCACGCCCUUAUUUUCUUUCCUUGUUGUUGGCCAUGGCCGCCGCACUUGCCUCUCAGGCCAUCAGCUCUGGCGACCUCACCGACCUCGUUUCCUCUUCCUCUUCCGCUACUGUCUAUCCCUCUGACGACACUAUCCUCUCUGUUCUCCAAGCUCGCUUUCGUGCAGAUCAGCCCUAUACUAGAAUCGGCGCAUCCAACCUCGUCGUCGUUAAUCCCUACAAGACCCUUGCUAAUGUUAACGACGUCAGCGCGAAGGAGUACGAGGAGAGAUGUUACAAGGACACCAGCUUCCCACUCCCCGGCACAGCGAGCCUCCCUCCUCACCUCUACGACCUUGCUGCACGGGUGUACCUGCUUAUGAGGAGGAGGUCAGAGUCUCAGGCAAUCCUCUUUCGAGGGAUCACGGCAUCUGGCAAGAGCGCCAGCUUGCAAUUGCUGGUGAACCAGAUCCUCCGGCUCUCGACGCACUCCAAGAAGGAAGCCAAACUCGCCGAGCAGAUCAAAUCACUCUCAACGCUCCUUGAUUCCUUCGGGAAUGCCAAGACACUCAUUAGCCCCAACGCAUCCCGACACAGUCGCUACCUCGAGCUACACUUCAACGACCGCGGGCGCAUCCAGGCGGCCAAGGUUCUCACGUAUGGUCUUGACAAGUCCCGCCUCUCACGCCUCUCCUUCGAAGAACGAACUUAUCACGUAUUCUACCAGUUCCUCGCUGGCGCCACGCCCGAGGAGCGGGACCGCUAUGCCUUGGAGGACGUGUCGGACUAUGCGCUUCUUGCCUCAUCAGGGUGCUAUCGUCUUCCCGCUGGUCCAUUCAGCGACGACGGCAUUGCCAUGGACGAGUUGCGGGCCGCGAUGAAGAUCCUCGGCUUCAAGCCCAAGCACCUCUCAUCUAUUUUCGGCCUGCUCGUCGCUAUCCUUCUCCUUGGGAACCUGCAGUUCGGCGAGGCCGAUGCCCGCGACGUGUCAGCAUACGUCAUGAACACACCGGUGCUGGAUCAGGUCGCACGGUUGCUCGGUGUUCCGACAGAGGAGCUCAGCGAGGUGCUCACGAAUAAGACGAGCUACGUGCGCAAGGAAUUGUACACGGUCAUGAUGAACGCUCAGCAGAGCGGGGCUCAGCGCGACCAACUCGCGAAAGACCUUUACGCCAUUCUCUUUGCUUUCGUGACAGAGACCGCCAACCACAAGAUUGCGCCUUCCUCCCAAGACCCCCUCCCUUCCACGCAGAUCGUUCUCUUCGACCAACCCGGUUUCCAAACCAAGGGCAUCACGCAGUCGGCGUCGAUGUACUUUGGCGGCCCAACCCCUCUCAUCGGCGCGCAAAACCAGUCGGGCUUUGACGAAUUCUGCAUCAACCUGUCUAACGAGCUCAUGCACUCAUAUAUCCUACGGAAUACCUUCGAGGACUCCGUGGGGUACAACAGCGAGCUCGUCGGGGACGGCGUUUCGCUUCCCGCUAUCUCCAUCAUGGACAACUCUGGAUGUGUCGAGCUCUUGCGAGGCGCGCAGCUGAGCGAGCGAGCCCACCGGAAACCAGGAGGCAUGUUGGGCGUCUUGAACAAGGCGUCCUCAUCGUUCAAAUCCGGGAAGGCUGGUGAGAAGAAGGAGGAGGAGCUUCUCCAGGAGCUUGUGUCGAAGUUCGGUGUCCACGCGUCCUUCAUCUCGCCUGGCGGCGCAGAGGCUCCUGAUCUGACGACGUUUGGCGUCAACCACUUCGCCGGCAGCGUGACGUAUGACGCGCGGGGCUUUGUCGAGAAGGACACCGACAUUCUGGACUGCGCUUUCGUGUCGCUCCUGCGCAACUCUACGGAUCCCUUCAUCGCUAAGCUUAUGGCUGGACCCAGUCUUGCAACGGAGCGCCACUCCAAGGACGAGAGCAUCAUUGUUCAGGCGCAAGUCUCUUCUCGACCUCUCCGUUCCCCCACGGCUAUCACCUCUCGCGAUGGCACGACCGUUGCUCCGGGCGAAGAUCACGCUCGCCUGGACCCAUCGAAGGUGUACCCGGUCACGACGCAGCUCAACUACGCGCUGUCGGAGAUCAUGUGGAAUCUUGAUCGCGCCCGUCUUUGGACGGUGUCGUGCAUUCGUCCGAACGACUCGGGGACGGCGAACUCGUUCGACAAACGCCGCGUCAAGGCUCAGAUCCGCGCCCUCCUUCUGCCCGAUAUCGCCUCGCGGAAGAAGCACGACUUCGUUGUCGACUUCGAGCAAACCGCUUUCUGCGACCGCUAUCUGCCCACGAUCAGGGGUUCCGAGGCCGAGCGAAUACGGCAGUGUGCUUCGGCGAACGGGUGGAAAGAGGGCGAGGACUACGUCGUUGGCCAUCGCAUGAUCUGGCUGGCGUACAAUGCAUGGAAGGUUGUCGAGGACGUCCUUCGGGCGUCGGAGAAGGAGUCGAAGCGCGCCGGAACAGAGGCUGGGGACGACGAGAGCGUUCUUCCGGACGAUGCUACCGAGUACACUCACCAAGAGUCGCUCACACCCGGUGCUUACUAUGGUGGUGAGAGCGAGGACAACCUGUUGUUGAACCGCUCCGGUCCGCAGGCAUCACGAUACCUGGACGCUGGCUACCCGAACCAACCCAUGACCCCGAUCAAUCCUGAGACGCCAGCCUACAGCGACGGCGGAGAGGGCUGGAGCUCUGAAUGGGACAAGAAGGGUGGUCCUGAACCAAAUCCCGUGGUGUCGAAAGAGGGUGACCUAGUCGCGAAGGCGCCGAACACCGUUGAGGAGGUUCCCACCAGUCGAACGCGGCGGUACUGGCUCUAUGUUGUCUGGAUGACAACAUGGUGGAUCCCGUCGUUCUUGCUCAACAAGCUCGGCCGCAUGAAGCGUCCCGAUAUUCAGCUCGCGUGGCGCGAGAAGGUGACGAUCUUCUGGCUCAUGUUCCUCUUCAACGCCGUCGUCAUCUUCUACAUCGUCGAGUUCGGCCGACUGCUCUGCCCCAACUUCGACAAAGCGUGGAGUCUAAACGAGGUCAACCAGCACACCGGCGAUAACGACUACUGGGUGACGAUCCAGGGCAGCGUCUAUGACGUGUCGGACUUCAUCCACGGCCAGCACUCCGACAUCCCGAAUCUCAAAAGUAACACCGACGACGUCCUUGAUCCCCUUGCUGGGCAGGACCUGACGGAGUACUUCCCUCCCCCGAUCCCCUUGGCCUGCCCGGGCCUCACGUCCAACGACCAGAUCGAGCUUACCCCUGCCAACUUUACCGCAGAGAUCCCGCAGGCGUAUCAUAAGUCUGGGCCUAUCUUCGGCACGCCGAACUCGAAGCUCUCCCAGUCCGACUGGUACACGACAAUUUUUCUCCCGAAGAUACGUCAAUUCAAGAAAGGACCUCUGGUGUGGGACAGGAAGAAGAUAAAGGCAGAGGCGAGCGAUCCAAACAAUCAGAGGUUCUGGGCGAUCUACGACAAUAGCAUCUACGAUCUCUCCGACUACAUCAACUCGCAGUCUCUCGACAGUAACGAUUUCAACUUCCUGAACGAUGACCUCGUAUCAUUGUUCCAGCAGCAGCCCGGCCAGGACAUCACGAAGUCGCUGAAUCAGAUCCUUGAUGCCCUCGACCCGAACACCAAGGCGCAGAACAUCAACUGCAUGAGUAAUUUGUUCUUCGUGGGCAAGCCCGACUUCCGCAAGGACGCGCGGUGCCAAGUGCAGAACAUCAUCCUACUUGUGAUGUCGAUCAUCCUGAUGGUGUCCAUUGGUAUAAAGUUCUUGGCUGCCCUUCAGUUGACGCCAAAGAGGACUCCAGAGAUGCUGGACAAGUUCGUCCUGUGUCAAGUGCCCUGUUACACGGAAGGCGAGGAGUCGCUCCGCCGCACAAUCGACUCGCUCGCAGCGUUGAACUACGACGACAAGCGCAAGCUGAUCUUCAUCAUCUGCGACGGUAACAUCAUCGGAACUGGUAAUGACCGCACAACACCUCGUAUCGUUCUCGACAUUCUCGGAGUCGACCCUAAGCUCGACCCGGAGCCGCUCUUGUACAAGGCUAUCGGCGAGGGCUCUAAGGCGCUCAACUACGGCAAGGUAUACUCUGGGCUGUACGAGUUCGAGGGCCACGUUGUUCCGUACAUUGUCGUCGUCAAGGUCGGGAAGCCUACCGAGCGGACGAAGCCUGGUAACCGUGGAAAGCGUGACAGUCAGAUUCUCGUCAUGCAGUACCUCAACCGUGUCCACUUCGACUUCCCCAUGGCCCCGCUUGAACUGGAGAUUUACCACCAGAUGCGGAAUGUCAUCGGUAUCGACCCAGCAUUCUACGAGUACAUCUUCACUGUUGAUGCCGAUACGACUGUCACUCCCGACUCCUUGAACAGGUUGGUUGCGAGCGCGGCGGACGAUUCCAGUAUCAUCGGUAUCUGUGGUGAGACCAAGAUUGACAACGAGGAGGGUUCAUGGUGGACAAUGAUCCAGGUGUACGAGUACUACAUCUCCCACAAUCUGUCGAAGGCGUUCGAGAGCUUGUUCGGCUCUGUGACGUGUUUGCCCGGAUGUUUCUCGAUGUACCGAAUUCGUACUGCGGACAAGGGUCGGCCGAUCAUCAUCUCGAAUCGUGUCAUUGAAGAGUACGCGGAGCCGCUCGUCGACACCCUGCACAAGAAGAACUUGUUCUCGCUCGGUGAAGAUCGUUACCUCACCACACUCCUGCUCAAGCACUUCCCCACGUUCAGGACCAAGUUCACCCAGGAUGCCAUCGCACACACGAUUGCCCCCGAGUCCUGGCGCGUGCUAUUCUCGCAGCGUCGUCGGUGGAUUAACUCAACGGUGCACAACCUUUGCGAGCUCGUCUUCCUGCCGGAGCUGUUUGGAUUCUGCUGCUUCUCGAUGCGAUUCUUCGUCUUCAUCGAUUUGCUGGGUACCAUCAUCCUGCCGUCUACGGUCGUCUACCUCGUCUACCUGAUCGUCGUUGUAGCUCUUGGCAAGUCCGCCCUCCCUAUCAUCUCAAUCGUCAUGUUGGCGGCGGUGUAUGGUCUUCAGGCCUUGGUCUUCCUGCUCAGACGCGAGUUCAUGCUCAUCGGUUGGAUGGUUGUCUACCUUCUCUCCUACCCGGUGUACAGUUUCUUCCUCCCGGUGUAUGCCUUCUGGUGCAUGGACGACUUCUCUUGGGGUAACACUCGUCUGGUCAUCGGCGAGGGUAACAACAAGAAGGUCAUCAUGAACGACGACGAGAAGUACGACGAGUCUAUGAUCCCUCUCAAGAAGUUCAGCGAGUACGAGGCCGAGGCCUGGGAGACUGGCUCACGUCACUCCGACGAGACUGGCUACCAUAGCAAGGCUCCUUCCGGCAACAGGUCACGCGGUCCCGCCUCAAGGUCACACUCUCCCCGUCCCAGCUUCCACCAAUCACAAGCUGGGGACUACUACCGGGACACGAACGUCACGGACCCACAACGCUCAAUGUACCACUCGAACAACUCCCAGGGCAACCUAUCGCACUACAACAGCGCACCGUCGCAAUUCGGCAUGCCGACGCUCCCCUUCAUGCCGUUCAGUGGUUCAGGGUCUGUUCAUGGCUCUGAUUAUGGUGGUGGGAUGGCGAUGCCGGCGGCCAUGCCGUACCAAAACACAGGCAGUGUCUAUGGUAUGAUGCCGAACGUUCCGCGGAACACUGUCAUGACAAACCUCAACAUGUUUGGCGGCGACGUCUCGGGCUCGCAGGGUGGGUUCGCACCGCCCAUGGCGCCGGGCAUGCAUCAGCGACCAAUGUCGACGUUCUCGCUCGCGACGACCGUCAACCCGUUCGCGGCAGGUCCGAGUAAUAGCGUCGACCCGACGGAUGAGGAGCUCAUCACUGCUCUACGGGCAUACCUGAGCACGCAGGAUCUGAUGACCGUGACGAAAAAGACUGCGCGAGACGCGAUCCAGCAACGGUUCCCCAAGGCUGACUUGUCAGGGAAGAAGCAGUUCCUGAACGAAGCGAUCGACAAGAUCCUUUCUCAGUCAUAGACAGUUCAUUUGACGGUACUGCGCUGGCAUCAGCAGGCGCGCCCGUUUUUUGUUGAUUCGCUCGUUCGUACUCUGGAUCCGGUUGUAUAUGGUGCUGGUGUUGACGAUCUUGCUCGGACAUCCCCCAUCCCAUCAUUGACCUCAUGACAAUACUGGACUUUUUCCAUCGCUAGCUAUCUCGACCACUCUUGCCAUCUCUCGUUGCAUCGAACGGACUUUGCCCACGUCCCACGCUCAUCAUCAGUCAUUAUAAGUAGCAUUGUAGUAGUCCUUGGACCUAUCUCGUUCUUCGUACUAUAUAACGCAUUUUGUGCAGGC